UCCGCAUCGUGUGAUUGCAGCAACCACAACCACCAGCCGCCUUGCCCGACGCCAUCUCGCCCAUCGCCCUCCCACAUCGUCGCCAUCCACCCAGUCUCGCUCAAACUGGUCGCGCUUACUACCGUAUCACCUGCUCGCAAUUACCCAGGCAGCGCGCACGGCUACGACGCGUGCUGGCCCGCACCACGCAGCCUCUCACCCGGCACGUCACUUCCCAGCAUUACGCCACAGCACCCCGACCCCGGUCCUCGGUAGCGGCACAAGGGUCCCGUGUCCGUCCAUCGACUCGCCAAACGACGUCUAGCGCCGCAACCUUCAAUUGCACGACUGGCACCACGCCCAAGGUCGAGCAAGCAACACACCGCAUACCACACCCACGCUACACCUUGCAGGCCGAUAUGCUGUGACAGUUGCGCAAUUUCCACCAAACCCCCGGACCCUCUUGAAGCUCCCUUGCUCUUCACGACUCUCUGCUUUGGCCGCGCAUCGCCAUGUCUGAACCACUAUCCCCCGAAGAUGAGAAACACUACACCCAGAUCAUUGACGGUAUCCUCUCUACUGUCGACCUCGAGACGGUGACCCGCAAGAAGAUCCGCAGUGGCCUCGAAGCGGCGCUUGGCGGGAAGGACCUGAGCGACCACAAGCAUGCCAUCAAGGACCUGAUAGAACAGCGCUUCGAUGCCAUCUCAUCAAACGACGCGCAGCCCGACGCAGCAUCCCCCGAGGCCAAUGGCCACGACGACGAUGCCGACGGCGACGAGAUCAAGGUGUCCUUUGCGCCGCCCAAGAAGAAGCAGCGCAAGGAGAGGAGCGUGGACACGGAAGACGCAGAUGCCAAGCUAGCGGCCAUGCUACAGGCCGAGGAAAAUGCCCGGUCACGAGCUACUCGUGGCGGCGGCGCCAAGUCCAAGCCUGUCAAGAAGAAGGCGGCGCCGCGGAAGAAGAGCGCCAAGAGAGUCGGUCCUGACGAUGAUAGCGACGUGGACGGCAGUGACGCGCCACCGAAGCGCAAGGCUGGCGGUGGCUUCCAGAAGCCUUUCAACCUUAGCGAGCCUCUUUCCGAGCUUUGUGGCGAGACACAGCUAUCACGUCCCCAAGUAGUGAGCAAGCUGUGGGAGCACAUACGUGCCAACUCACUACAGGACCCGGCGGAUAAGCGUCAGAUCAUCUGCGACGAGAAGAUGAAUGCAGUGUUCAAACAGGCCAAGAUCAACAUGUUUCAGAUGAACAAGUUUAUCGGCAGCCACCUCUACCCAGUCGAAGCCGAGUAGUAAAAGCAACCUUGGCAGUUAUUGUAUCAAACCAUGCGCGGUCACGCGAAACAGCCGAGAAGGGGGUGCGGCGGGACUUUCCAGCUCCAACAUAUGGGUUUUUUCAUAUUAUCAAGACUUUGUCAUAUUCGGUGCAGCAUGCGCGGGUCAUGGUGUCCGUGGGGAAUGCUUUUGGGGGGGUCCAACGGGUUGGUCGGCGCUGUUCCUUUUGCUCAGAGCUGGAUGUCAACCGCAAGCGUGUAACCUGAUUUGUGUUUUACGAAGCACAGACUAGUCCAAGGAUGUUCUCUCGAGAUACGUGCGCGAGCUCUAGGAGUUUUUAUGGCGCACUGUCUGUCCAUACUCAAGACAAUAAGAAGUAAAGAUAGAUCUUGGUAUGAUCCCGCCUACCUUAAGGUAGGAAUGAAAGCCUUGAUGCGCCGUUUGUUUGUGA